AUGCCGAACUUUGGCGAUUUGCUGAUGAAAGGUGCGAAGACGGUUCUGGACCAGCAGCUAAACAAACGGCAAAAUCCGAAUUCCGCGAGUGGAGGAGGCGGACAAAAUCAAUACGGCGGCUCUUCUUACGAUCAAGCAAAUUAUAACCAACAGAACAACCAACAGAACAAUAUGAGCGGUUUUGGCGGUGGAUACCCACAACAAGACGGCUAUUCCGGUGGCGGGGGAUACCCACAGCAAAAUCCUUAUGGCUAUCCAUCACAGCAACCACCUAGUGGAGCCUAUCCAGCACAAGGUGGAUAUUCAGGAGGCCAAGGUAGUCCUUAUCCUGGACAAGGAGGCCCGUAUCCUGGCGCACAAAACCCUCCAUACCCAGGAGGACAAAACAGUUCAUACGCCGGUCAGAACUCACCUUAUCCUCCAUCUGGUGGAUUUCCCAAUCAGCCCUAUCCGCCUCAGUCUUCUGCUUACCCUGGACAAAAUCAAGGUGGUUAUCCACAAAUUGGCCUUGGUGGAUAUCAAGAAAUACCCUCAUCUGGUGGGUAUCCAUCUGGUGGAGCUGGAUAUAAUCCGAAUAUCGGUCAACCAUCCCAAUCAAUGCCCUCUUAUCCAGCGGCUCCAACAUAUCCAUCAAUGGGAUCCGGAUUUAAUUCAAGUGGAAGCUUUCACCAGCCACCAAUGCAUCCAAUGGGAACCGGUGGAGGAGCAAUGUUCGGCAAUCCCUCAAUUCGUCCAAUUGGCUCUAAUGCAAAUGCGGACGCGGAGACUUUGAGGAAAGCGAUGAAGGGACUCGGGUGUGAUAAUGCGAAGGUGAUAUCCGUUCUCUGCGCUCGAACCAACAUGCAACGACAAGAGAUCGCAAGAGCUUUUAAGGUGAUGUACGGAAAAGAUUUGAUUCAAGAACUCAAAAGUGAACUGCGAGGAGAUUUCGAGGAUCUGAUCAUCGCUCUGAUGACCCCACCGGCUCAAUAUGAUGCUCAACAGUUACAUCGAGCUAUGGCUGGAAUCGGAACGAAAGAAUCGGUGUUGAUCGAGAUUAUGACCUCUCGUACGAAUGCUCAAAUCUUCGAGAUCCGUAAUGUUUAUCGAGCCAUGUAUCGAAGCGAUUUGGAAAAAGAUUUAAUUUCCGAGACUUCGGGGUGGUUUAAACGUCUUUUGGUUUCUAUGUGUGCUGGCGGAAGAGAUGAGAAUAACUUCACUGAUCCUCUUCGAGCAAAUCAGGACGCGCGAAAACUUUACGCAGCUGGUGAACGUCGAUUGGGAACUGAUGAGGCGUGCUUCAAUUCGAUUCUCGCCGCACAAAACUAUGCCCAACUACGUCUUGUUUUUGAUGAAUACCAAAAAGUCUCCAAUCACUCGAUUGAACAAGCAAUUGACGCAGAGUUCAGUGGAGAUAUCAGAGAUGGAAUGAUGGCUUUGUGCACGGUUAUUCGCAAUCGAGGCGCCUAUUUUGCCAAACUUUUGCAUGAUAGUAUGAAGGGUUUGGGCACACGUGAUAAUGAUUUGAUUCGUCUCGUUGUUACUCGUUCCGAGAUCGAUUUGGGCGAUGUGCGCAACGAGUUCCAGCGUCUGUACAAAACUCCUUUGGAGAACAUGAUCAAGGGCGAUUGUUCUGGAUCGUACAAAGAUGGAUUAAUCGCUCUUGUUCACGGAAAUCAAGGCGCACAGCACUUU